AUGUAUUCCAAUAUCCCCUCGUCAGCUGUCAACCAGCUCCUCCAGUCUCUCACACUGGAGGAGAAAGUCGCCCUGCUUGCGGGCAAGAACAUGUGGGAAACCGCCAACAUCGACCGGCUACACAUCCCCAGUCUGAAGAUGACCGACGGCCCGGCCGGAGCCCGCGGGUCCAAAUGGACGUACGGCUCCCUGACCACCUGGAUUCCGUGCGGGGUGUCGCUGGCCGCCACCUUUGAUCCGGCCCUGGUGGAGAAAGUCGGGACCGUUCUGGGGCAGGAGACCCGACGCAAGGGCUGCCAGGUCCUGCUGGCCCCGACCAUGAACCUGUCGCGCUCGCCCUUGGGCGGGCGGAAUUUCGAAGGCUAUGGGGAAGACCCCUAUCUGGUCGGGGUGAUGGCCAUUGCAAUGAUCCGCGGCAUUCAGAGCCAGGGGGUCGGGGCCUGCAUGAAACAUUUUAUCCUGAACGAUACCGAGACUCGGCGGUUCAAUGUCGACCAAACGAUUGAUGAGCGUACCCUGCGAGAGGUCUACAUGAAGCCAUUCGCCAUGGCUGUGCAGGAAACGGAAGCAGCGCCGUGGACGGCCAUGGUCAGCUACCCCAAGAUCAACGGGCUACAUGCCGAUCUCAGUCCUCAAAUCCUGCCGCGCCUGCUGAGAAAGGAGCUGCAGUAUGAUCGGUUGGUUAUGAGCGACUGGGGAGGUUUGAACAGUACGGUCGAAAGCUUGCUGGCCACGACUGACCUGGAGAUGCCGGGUCCGCCGGUACGUCGGGGUGAGCGCCUGUUAGCCGCCAUUCAGGCCGGUCGCAUUGAUGUGGCCACACACGUCGAUCCGAGUGUGCGACGAAUGCUGCAGCUCCUGGAACAAACGGGGUUACUGAACAACUCGUCUGAUUCCACGGAGGUGUCCUCCGAACAAACCACCAACGACCCUACGCUCCAUCAGAUCGUGCGCGAGACGGCGCAAAGUGGCCUUGUGCUGCUGAAAAACGAGAGCGUACUGCCUCUUCAACCCUCGAGGUUGCGGAAGAUCGCAAUCAUUGGGCCUAACGCUCGCAAGCCCACGGCUGGUGGAGCGGGCAGCGCCGCCGUCAAUCCUUUCUACAUCACCACGCCCGAAGAGUGCCUCCGCAACGCGCUUCGGGCUGCGAACCCGGACAUUAAGCUCACAUAUCGCUCCGGCAUCCGCGACAGUCUGCGCCCCCCUCUUUUGGGCGGUCAAUUGACCGUCCCGGACGGAUCCCGCCAGGGUCUGCACGUGAGCUUCUUUGCAGGCCAUGCUUUCGAGGGGCCGGUCGUGGCGACCAGUCUGUGGGAAGACUCGCUCAUUUAUCUCAUGAGUGAUGGGGAUAUUCCAGCCGCGCUGGAGGGUCGGCCGUACUCGUACCAGGCUGUCGGGGUAGUCACUCCAUCCGAAUCGGGCCGCUACACCUGGAGCCUAGCCAACACCGGAAAAGCCAAGUUGUUCCUCGACGAUGAGCUGCUCAUCGAUAACAGUGAGUGGGACGUUGUGACUGGUGGAUUCCUGGGUUGUUCGAGCGAGGAUCGGACUGCUAGCAUGGAUCUCGAAGCUGGCCGCCCCUACCGACUGCGAGUAGACAAUGUCGUGACCUUGCCGCUCGUCGACGCCUUCGACAACACGCUAUUCCCUCGCAUAUCGGGCGUGCGCGUGGGACUCGCCCUGGAGCGGGACGAGACGCUGAUGCUGGAGCAGGCUGUUGAUUCGGCCCGCGAAGCAGACGUGGCCGUGGUCGUCGUCGGCCACAACAAGGAUUCCGAAGGGGAGGGAGGCGACCGGGCCCACAUGCAGCUCCCGGGUCGCACCGACGAGCUCGUGGGCGCUGUCUGUGCAGCCAACCCCAAUACGGUUGUCGUCGUGCAGUCGGGCAGUGCGGUGACUAUGCCUUGGGCGGAUGCCGCGGCAGGGAUCGUGAUGGCCUGGUACCAGGGCCAGGAAAACGGCCAGGCCCUGGCGGAGGCUCUCCUGGGUCAUUGUAACUUCUCGGGCAAGCUUCCCAUCACCUUUCCCCAGCGACUCGAGGAUCAUGGCUCGAGCGCCUGGUUUCCUGGAGAGGCUGCGCAGGAUCGCAACACAUUUGGGGAAGAAGUGUUGGUUGGGUAUCGGCAUCUCGAUGCCCGGGGGAUUCCGCCUCUGUGGUCAUUUGGGUUCGGCCUCUCGUAUACUCGCUUUGAGCUUGCAGAUAUUCGCAUCAGCGGCACCCUCAGCGUUGGUUCUUCUCCUGAGACCAGGGUUUCAGUCCACACCCGGGUCCUGAACGUUGGGGGUUGCGACGGGCAGGAAGUGGUGCAGGUGUACGUGGCUCCCUCGGCACGUAUCGAGGAGAUGGGCCUUAUCAGCUAUCCAAGAACGUUAGCCGGCUUCGCCAAAAUCGCCGUCCCUCCAGGAGAGUCGCGCGAAGUGACUAUCACCAUUCCUGGAUCGGAGCUGCGAUGGUAUGAUGUGAAAACCGGGCAGUGGCGAUUGGAUGUGGGCAAGUAUAAGUGCUGGGUUGGGCGUAGUCUGUGUGAACUCGACGAAGAGUUGGAGAUUGAGCCACAAUCACAUGAACAUGAUCUGCAGCAAUUCGCUUCGCUCCGGGGACAGGAACAAGGCUUGCAGUUGAUUUCCCUCUACUACCUCCACUUUCACCAGGCACAUCCUUUCCUGCCCCCAAUGGAAACUCUCCUAGAAUCCAAUCCCCCUUCUUACUUACUGGAUAUCAUGGAGUUUACCAGUCUACAUUAUUUGUCGCCUCAGUUUUUCCAUGAUGGCAGCAAGACACUACUUCUGGCGGUGCAGGCCGCCGAUUUGACGGUCGAAAAGACACAGGCCUUCCUGCUUCUGGCCAUCUUACAACACGGGCGACAGCAAAGUCACGAGGCUCGGUCUUGUCUCGGCCAGGCCCUCCAGUGUGCGCUGGAAUUGGGUCUGCACGGUCGCGAGGCUUCCGACGCGCUUAGCGUAGACGCUCCCUUGAGGGCCGAGAGUCUCCGACGGACGUGGUGGGAGAUUUUUGUGGUUGAUGUGCUACUCGCAGCUGUUCAGGCCGAUGGAUACCUCCAAUUUGAGAUGAGAGAGACGCCCCAAGUCCCCCUUCCCUGCGGUCCAGAAGAGUAUCACUCAGGCUGUAUUAUGAGUCCUCUCCCGCCCACCCUCGCCGACAUGGAACAGAAUAGUCUGUUCUGCGGAGAUGACGAGUUCUCUCCCGGUGCCUACCGGAUCGAAGCCGCCAUGAUGCUACGGAAAUGCUUGCGCGCCGGCGAGUCGCAUAUCACUCAGGAGACGCUCGACGUACUCAGCGCCGCCAUCACCGCGUGGUUCCAUCGAUUGCCAUCCAGUCAACGCCCCAUUCUCCAGUCGAAUGGUGUUUUGGAGGAGGCAAUGAUGCAGGCCGUGAUGCUGAUGCACUGCGCCAGUAUCUAUCUGCACUUCCCACGUUCUUGCCUUUUGGCCUUUCUCCCCAUCACCGGCCGCAUCCUUUGUUCGUCGCCGCCCGCCCUCGUCACCACUUCCCCGGACCCUCAAUUGCACACCGCAAAAGUAGCAGAGAGUGCCGUCCAACUCUCCCGACUCGCGUCAUUGUCGCCCUCGGUCAUCAACCACAGCCCGUUCUUUGCUUGCACACUGGUGAUAAGCUCCGUGAUACACGUAGCACUCAUGCUCAGCGAUGGCCUGCAACCCCCGGGGCCCAGGCAGCAGUAUUUGGCGCUGAAUUUAGGGGUCCUCAGGUCGAUGGGGGAGGCGUGGCCCAUUGCUGCGAGCGCGAUGCAACGAAUUCGUCAGGCUGUGAUGGAGGUUCACGCAGCAGUCUCGUGCGACACUCGUCCUCUGCUGGACGUUUUCUCUCCCUCCACCUCCACGUGA